AUGCGAAUGUGGUGGAUGGUCUCCGACUGUCGAACGCGGAGGUGCCACCCGGAGGAUCUCGAAGGCGGAGCCAGAAUGUGUGCAUGUUGCAUGCACACGUGUUCCGUCGCCAGAGUCCGUGUGGCGUCCCCCUUUCCAUGUAUCCCCCUAUAGCCCCACGGUACCCAAUGGGUGCUUAGGCCUUAGGCCUUCGUGGUAGUUGGAGUAUAAAAAAAAAUCUAAGCUGUAAGUUGUAUACUAUAGUCAGAAGGAAACGGCAAUGCAUAGGUGCAUAGUGAGGAUUUUUGUGCUAAUAAUAUGUGUUGGUAACAAUUUCAUUCGAUUCUUGUCUCAACUACACUUAUUUAAUAUCACCUAUUUUAUACACAUGCAGACCAAUACACACGAUCAUCCAGAUGGAGAUUGCUAAUCAACCAACUUUCUUCUCAGAAAUGAAAGUACAGACUACUCGACUUCACAAAUCAUAUGCAACCAACAAUGCGUGUAGUUGAGCCAUUCCUCCAUAGAUGGACGCUCACAAGGAUUCUAGUGAGCAAACGUGGAAUGACUGUUUGCAUCCUAAGAACUACCUAGUCUACAAGAUGACAUUUUCUAGUUUUUUUUACGUUAUAUUGGUUUUUUGCAUGAUACCCGUGCCGAACAUGUAAUAGAAUAUAGACUAUUCCGUUAAGAAAAAGUUCAAAUCUGCCAAUUUUCUCCUAAAUUGAUUAUCAUGCAUUCUAUCGCACAUUCAGAUACCCUCUUCCAAAUGAAGAAGAUUGACAUAACAUAUAAAGUUUUGAUGUU